UAGGGUUGGUGCCCCCACAUCUCUCUCCCACUCACUCCCUGCAGCGAGCCGCUGUCUGCCGAGAGUGAAUAAUCUCUGGAUCAGAGGCGGCAGGUGCAACUCGGGCGUCUGGAAACACUCACUGUCCUCAACGUCAGCAGCGAGCACAGAGCGAUUUGGAGCUGUGCAGCGCGUAUAAAAAGAGGCCGCCGCGCCAUGCAGAGAGCUCCAGAGAGCUAGCCCAGAGACUUCGGAGGUCUUUGGCAACUUGGAAGAGGUCAGGAACGCUCAGAAUCUUGUGGCGAGAUGUCCCACCGGGAACACACCGCGAGGCCCAGCGGUGGUGCUCCUCCGAAGCAAAUCUCCAGAGACGUCUUCAAGUACGUGGUGACGCCCGACCGCAUUCCGGAGUUCACCAUUCCUUCGUUGGACAUCCUGCAGGAGCACCAACUCUUGGCCAAGAAGAGAGGGCCCUCGUGGGGUCUGGCGCCGAGGUCCCAGGAGGCUCCAAGGGACGGUUGGGAUCCGUCCCCGAAGAAGGACGGCUUUCGGCCUGUCUCCCUCCCGUGCUGCUCUGGCGUGGAGAUGGAUGCAAAGCUGGAUGCCGAUGAGAGUCCUGACCCAGCCACCUGGGCUGCUCUCUCCCUCCCGCACCUGCCCAAGAUCACCACGCCCUACGGCUUUGUGGCCCUAGGAGAGAGCCCCCACGUGACCAAGGAGGAGGCCUUGUUCUUUCAGAUGGACUUGACUUGUCCAGAGGACCCUAGCAGAAAGAGAUAUUCAGACCCACAAGUGAGCCACCCAAGCCGGGGUGGCCAUAAGAGGGUGCCUGUGGCUUGCAUGGACAUCGAGUCGAGGGGCCCCUGUGGCACGUCUCAGAAGGACCACUGUGAUGAUACCCCCCAGGUCCCCAAAGCGAACAGACCCUCCUUAUCCCACAGCCGUUCCAGCCCACUAAGGGACAGCAACGCACAUCAACUUCCCAAGACCCCAGCUGCGGAAGAGGCAGGUGUGCUCCGGAAGUCUUCAGCACCUUUGGCGACCCUCUGUCCUAGGAGCAAUUCCAGUCCCGAGUUCCCCCUGAGGAAGCCCAGGAGAAAUCUCUUCCAAAAGAUCCUGAAGAAGCAUUUUGCACACCUCCGGAGCCUGAAGGCGGUUCAGUUCCCUACCCACUGACUCCGUACCCCUUUACCUUUGGAGAGGUCAAAAACGAGGGAUGAGUGAUCAGGGAGGCAGAACCCCUUUAACCAUGAAUGGAGCUGGCUCCGACCGGACAGAAAGAGAACGGACCCUCUGCAAUCCCAAGACCUCCGGCACCCCAGAGUUAGAUGUGUGGCACAGUGUCCGUCGUUCUGUUUGUCUGUCCCACAGUUGUAUGUGUUAAUUAAAAAAGCCCACCAUCCAG